AUGUUGUUUGCGUUUCUGAUUUCUUUGCUGCUGCUAGUCGGCGCGCCUGCGGUUGCCGCGACUGUGCCGCAGCAUGUCUUCGCUCAUUUCAUUGUUGGCAAUGCCGAUGCCAUGAACUCUACGCAAUGGGAGUCGGAUAUCACGGAGGCGCGGGCCGCCCACAUCGAUGGCUUUGCGUUGAACAUCGCCAUGAACUGUGACUACAACGACGCCGUUCUCGAGAAGGCCUACGCCGCCGCCGAGAAGGUCGGCAACUUCACCCUCUUUCUGUCGUUCGACUACGAGUCCGACGGGGCCUGGCCGGCGGACCAGGUGAUCUCGACGAUCAACGAGUACAAGAGCCGGACGGCCCAGCACUACUACCAGGGCAAGCCCCUGGUGUCCACCUUUGCCGGCUCGGCCAACGCAGGCGAUUGGUCGAGCAUCAAGAGUGCGACGGGUUGCUUCUUCGUCCCGUCGUGGACCGACCUGGGCCAGACCGGGAUCCAAGAGUACGUGGACACCAUCGACGGCUUCUUCAGCUGGGAUGCGUGGCCGGUGGGCGCGACCAACAAGACCACGGUGAGCGAUGUGGCCUGGAUGGAUGCCCUGCCGGGCAAGGCGUACAUGAUGCCCAUCUCGCCGUGGUUCUACACCAACCUGCCCCAGUGGAGCAAGAACUGGCUCUGGCGGGGCGAUGACCUGUGGCACACGCGGUGGGAGCAGGCGGCGGAGCUGCAGCCCGCGUUCGUCGAGAUCAUCACCUGGAACGACUACGGGGAGGCACACUACAUCGGACCGAUCCACGAAGCGGGCCUGCCGACGGGCUCUGCCAGCUACGUGAUGGGGAACCCCCACGACGCGUGGAGAACGCUGCUCCCACACUACAUCGACGCCUACCGGGGGGGCGUGAACGGGUCGAACAGCACGUCUCUGUCGUACGACGACAAGGUGGUGUACUGGUACCACGUCAACCCGAGCGACGCGGGCAGCGCCAACGGCACGACGGGCAACAACCCGUCGAUGGGGGAGACGGCGAUGAACCCGGGGCUGCUGGCGCAGGACAUGGUGUUUGUGACGGCGCUGGUGAACAGCACCAGCCAGGUGUACGUGCAGAUCGGGUCGUCGGAGCCGACAGUGCUGCAGGCGACGGGGGGACUGAACCAGUACUCGGUGCCGUUCAACGGGCAGACGGGGGCGGUGCAGGUGUCGAUCCGGCGCAACGGGAAGCAGGUGGUGUCGGCGACGGGACGCGAGAUCACGGAGGAGUGCGAGGACGGCAAUAAGACCGUCAUGGGUUUCCGCGAGGCCGCCAUGGCUUAUCGCCCGAGCUCCUACGGACAGCUCCCCGACCCCGUCCAGGACUAUUCUCCCAAGCCCACCGCCACUGCCACUGCCCCUCGCCCCGCCACCUCGACCGCCGUCAAUCCUGAGGACUACUCCAAGCCUUACUGCGACUUCAUGACCAACAAUCCCACCAUCUUCCAUGCCGUCGACGGCUUCACCAAGCAGCUCGAGAGCCAGGGCUACAAGCGUCUGCCUGAGCGCGAAGCCUGGAAGCUUGAGCGCGGCGGCAAGUACUACACCUCCCGCAAUGCCAGCGCCUUCAUCGCCUUCUCCAUUGGCAGCGAUUACCAGUCCGGCAACGGCAUGGCCAUCGUGGCCGGUCACAUCGAUGCCCUCACCGCCAAGCUGAAGCCCGUAUCCAAGCUCCCCACCAAGGCCGGAUACGUCCAGCUGGGCGUGGCCCCGUACGCCGGCGCCCUGAAUGAGACCUGGUGGGACCGUGACCUGGCCAUUGGCGGCCGGGUCCUCGUCCGCGACCCCAGCAGCGGCAAGGUCGAGUCCAAGCUGGUCAAGCUGGACUGGCCUAUCGCGCGCAUCCCCACCCUGGCGCCGCACUUUGGUGCCCCGUCCCAGGGCCCCUUCAACAAGGAGACGCAGAUGGUGCCCAUCGUGGGCGUGGAUAACUCGGAUCUCUUCAAGCAGGCGACCACCGCCAGUCCGUUCGAGGCGGGCACGUUCGCGGCGACGCAGCCCGAGAAGCUCGUCAAGGUGAUCUCCAGUGAACUGGGCAUCACGGACUACCGCACGAUCCUGAACUGGGAGCUGGAGCUGUACGACAGCCAGCCGGCGCAACUGGGCGGGCUGGAGAAGGACCUGAUCUUCGCGGGCCGCAUCGACGACAAGCUGUGCUGCUUUGCGGCCCAGGAGGCGCUGCUGGCAUCGCCCGACAACACGUCCCCGGGGUCGGUGAAGAUGGUGGGCAUGUUCGACGACGAGGAGAUCGGCAGUCUGCUGCGCCAGGGCGCGCGGUCCAACUUCAUGAGCAGCGUGAUGGAGCGCAUCACCGAGGCGUUUGCGCCCAACUACGGGCCGAACGUGCUGGCGCAGACGGUGGCCAACAGCUUCUUCGUCUCGUCGGACGUGAUCCACGCCGUCAACCCCAACUUCCUGAACGUGUACCUGGAGAACCACGCGCCGCGGCUGAACGUUGGCGUGGCGGUGUCGACCGACUCCAACGGCCACAUGACGACGGACAGCGUGAGCCACGCCUUCAUCAAGCGCGUGGCGGACCGCUGCGGCUCGACGCUGCAGGUGUUCCAGAUCCGCAACGACUCGCGCAGCGGCGGCACGAUUGGGCCGAUGACGAGCUCGCGUAUCGGCAUGCGGGCGAUUGACGUGGGGAUUCCGCAGCUGAGCAUGCACAGUAUCCGGGCGACGACGGGGAAGUUGGACCCGGGGUUGGGUGUGCAGCUGUUCAAGGGAUUCUUCGAUCACUUUGAGGCGGUGGACAAGGAGUUUGCCGAUUUUUAG